CAAUGCCGAAAAGGUCAUUUUUGAGUACAUAUAAAAGUGAUCGCAUAGAAGAUACAAUCAUUAGUAACAAACACCUAACGUGCUGUUAAUCUUAUUCGAUAGUGAAAAUGGCGAAAAUACUCUCGGUUACAUUUGUGCUAUUUGCUUUGAUUGCAUCAAUUAUGGCAGUAUUGACUGUCCCCAAAGCUAUUCACAAUGGAGGCGGAGGUUGCGGAGGAAGCGGAUAUCACGGAAAUGGUGGUAAUCAUGGCAAUAAUAACCACCAUGACAGUGGCGGCUAUGGACAACAUAAUAACAACAAUGGCUAUGGCCAAAACACCAAUGGUUAUGGUCAAAACAACAACAACAAUGGCUAUGGACAAAAUACCAAUACCAAUGGAUAUGGUCAAAAUACCAACACUAAUGGCUAUGGUCAAAAUACCAACACCAAUGGAUAUGGUCAAGGCACCAAUACUAAUGUCAACGGAGUUGGAGAAAAUCAAGGAAACAAUAAUCAUGCAAUGGGCAAUGGAGGUGCUGGUAAUGGUGGAUACGGCGGUACUGGGGGAAGUGGCGGAGCUGUUGGUGGAAAUGGUGGUAAUGGAGGUGACGGAGGCUUUAAUGGAAACUCAAAUGGACGUUAAUAAGUAAAAAGCAUUUGAAAUAUUUUAUUGUGUAUUCAUUUUAUCAG